GGUUAGUGUAAGAGCUAGAGCUUUAAAUGAUAAACUACAGAAUAUUUGGAGCGUUUGAAGACUAAUUGCAAAAAUCUACUAGAUUGGUGGAGAAAAACAGAAAAUUACAGCCAGUAUGCAUAUAUACCUUAUAUAUAAAUAUAUAUUCCACAAUUAUUCAGUAGGUGGCAGUUAAAAGCCUCGAUGAGCUUUGCCGUCGCCAUUUAGGCAGUAGCUCUAGCAGGGGCUGGAGUCAGACCGUCCCUAAAAGCGGAGAGGCUGCGAUCAAGCCAACGAGAGCAUUAUCCACAACCCAGGUACCGGGGAGAGAGGGGAGAGGAGCCACGGGAGGAGAGGGCAGGCAGCAGCCAACACAGGGCACAAGGGGACGUCGCAGGCUGCAGCCCCCCUUGAUUAAGGCAGGGGCUCCUUUCUGGUGGAAGAAACCCAGGGCAGAGAGGGAGAAGAGCUGGUGCAAUGACAGGCAGAAACUGAAGAGCAUUUGAAGCUUUCUGCUCCCACACAGGUUUCAUGCUCUCUCUCUCACAUCACACACCACGUUUCUGAGUCUCUUGCAUGAAGAAUUGCACAGAUAUGGAUCAAGUUCAAACACGCAACUGCAAAUCAGUGGUCCCGUGGACCUGGGAGAAUGAUGAAUUUUCCCCCCCUAGCUGACCAAGUGGCACACAGGGAAACAUGCCUGAGCAAAGCAACGACUACAGGGUAGUCGUGUUCGGAGCUGGCGGAGUGGGCAAAAGUUCCUUGGUUUUGAGGUUUGUGAAAGGCACUUUCAGGGAGAGCUACAUCCCCACCAUUGAAGACACCUAUCGGCAGGUGAUCAGCUGUGAUAAGAGCAUAUGCACCUUGCAGAUAACCGACACCACGGGGAGCCAUCAAUUUCCAGCCAUGCAACGUCUUUCUAUCUCUAAAGGACACGCCUUUAUUUUGGUUUACUCCAUCACCAGCCGGCAGUCCUUGGAGGAACUCAAGCCAAUCUAUGAACAAAUAUGUCAGAUUAAAGGAGACAUAGAAAGCAUUCCAAUAAUGCUGGUGGGGAACAAGAACGACGAGAACCAAAACCGAGAGGUGGAGAGCAGCGAAGGAGAAGCCAUGGCUAAGAAGUGGAAAUGUGCCUUCAUGGAGACUUCUGCCAAGACGAACCACAAUGUGAAAGAGUUGUUCCAAGAGCUGCUCAACCUGGAGAAACGCAGGACUGUGAGCUUGCAAAUUGAUGGCAAAAAAAGUAAGCAGCAGAAAAGGAAGGAGAAGCUGAAAGGCAAAUGCGUGGUGAUGUGAAAUUGCAUUGUCAGAAGUCAGCUGUGAAGUCCCACCUGAGAACACAUACGUAAAACCUAUAGACACCAAACAACCAUGCAAGAUCCUAUUUAUUAGUAUCUGUUCUGGAAGAAAGCUUCAGAACUUGAAAAAAUUAGAUACUGUGGUUGCUAUGACAAAAAUCAACAAAUAAAAAAGCAUGCACUCAAUGAAAAUAAAUCAGGAAGAAAAGGAAAGAUGCCCCAGGAAACCUAAUUUUGUAAUUUACAGAAAAGAAGAAUUUUCAUCAUUCACACACAUAAUGUGAAAGAUUUGGAAAGUCAACUUAAUAAUAUUUUCAUUUGCAUAUAACUGCAAGAGAAAGCACUGUAUAAUGUCAGAAGAAAAUCAAAAAAUAGUUGUGAAGAAACCUAGAACAUACAAAUGCAUUCUGGGUGGCAUUAAUCAUUUUCUUUAAGAAUGCUGUAAACAAAAAAUUCUGUGCCAUUUUCACUACUGACUGGUGGAGAGUAUGCAUAAGAGAGUCUUGGAUCUGCCAAAUAAAUGAACUAUUGCACAGUAAAAGGAAGUGUGGGUACAGCAGUUAAAAGGAACAGAUAUUAUCUCUACCCUUCAGCAUGAUAUUUCUUUCUGGUGGGAUGUAGUAUUUGAACUGAAGGUUGUGGAAAAGACAGUCCCUGCAGGAGAGGUGGAGAUCAUCUGCUUUUCUGGACUCAUUGCUUCAAGAAUGACCUGUGUUUCUGGCCCAAGUAUGUUUCAGAAGAACAGACAUUUGCCCGUGGAGAAUGUCAGAUUGUAUAAAAAUGGUGUACAUAUACAAACAGAAAGCUUCCCCAGGGAGGACUGACUGGGGAGGCCCCUAAAAAGCCUCUAUGGGAAAGACUCGAUUCAAAUGCUGCUGCUGGUUAAAUGAACACAUGGUGUGAUUAAUGAAUGAAUGAAAUGUCUUUUGAACUGGUGAACUGGUGGUACCCUUGGACAGGGGUCAAUGCAGGAUACAAAGUUUUUAUUCAAUUUAUCAGAUUAGAGGAGUGAUGCUUCUUUACAUUACCAUAUUCCAAUCAGAAUGGGGUUAUGUUUCUGCACUACUAGAUCUACUGCCUUUAUAUUGUCUGAAGAGUUUUAUAUUUGCCAUUUAAAUUCAUGAUUUGAACUGCUGUGAUUAUUUAUAAAACCAAAUCCUAUAUCUGGAGUUAGGGCCCAUUGGAGCCUCUAAGAGAAGAUUUUCUGGGAUAAGCACUACAGGAUUUGGCAUAUUAAGGGUUGCAGUCAGUACUGUGUUACAAUGCAAUGCAAAGUUCAGAAUAGAAAAAGAAAAUAUUUAAAACAAUCUAUCAGGGGAAAUUGCUGUUCUCAAAACCUUUGAAAGGGGAAAAAUUGUACAAAAUGUGAGCUUUCCUGGAUGUCUCUCCAAAGCUUUUUUAAAAACUAAUAUGAAUGACUGAAGUGUGAAUCCUACUGAUAACAAAGGCCAUCUAACAUAAAAUAAGCACAUACAGUUUUUAAAGGACACAUUAAAAUUGCAGAAGUCACAAUUUGCACCUUAGGAACUGCUUUGAACCAAUAAAAAAGCCUACUAUAUUUUUAGUAAAUGUUUAUGUCAAGAAACAUGGGAAAAUGAAGUCAAGCACUAAUAUUACUAGCAUGCAUGCUGUUGCAUUAUAAAUACCUUCCAGGAGAUGCUCAAAUGCAGUAAUUGCAUUAAAAAUUUCUACCUUGUUUCUCUCAGAGUUAUUGCUUGCUUAACUCCCACCUUUCUAACAAAUGUGCAGAUAUUUCACAAGUAGAGUGAUAGUAUACAUUUCUUUGGGGAAGAAUUGCUAUUAGCACAGUCUAGAGAGGAGCACAGCCUUUGUCAUUCACUCAGAAGAAAUUCUGGCACCAGUAGAAUCAAGUGUGAAGCUGCUACUUAUUUCAGAAAGACUUUUUUUGUGUGUAUUUACUUCAUUGCAUUAGAAGAGAAAACUGUAAAGAGCAUGGAAAAAAGUUAAGAUUCUUCAUUGACAACAAAUUCCUGGCUCUUACACAACACUCUUUCUCCGUAAAUCUCAAAGCACUUUGCAAGAAGGACAGCAUCAUUAUCUUAAGUUCUCAGGUGGUGAAAGUGAGGCAUGAAGAGAGGAAGCAACUGCACAUAGGUUGCCCAGUGGGUUAGUGGCAGACCCAGGAACAAAAGCAGAUCUCCUCUGCCCCAGUUCAGUGCCACUCUGUGUUUUGUCAGAUUGUCUCUUUACAUUCUUAAAUAGUUUCUGAAACACAUAAAGAAGCCUGGUUUGGCUUACACAGCCAGGUGCAUCUUUCUCGACUGUCUGUCAACAAAUCAAACAGUAUUUCCAGAUCAGGGAUGCAAAGCAUUUAAAAGCACUAUGUUUGGUAAGACUUUUAUAAAUGUUUAUACAUCGACGGUGUAAUAAAAAUUGCUGAUGAUACUCAACGUCACAGCAUUUGAUCCCGUGGACGAAGCUGGGAAAAAAGCAUGAUCAACCUUAAGGAGGCAUACAAAGAUCAAAAUUAGAGAGGUUGCCCACAGACGCUAGCACACCAGUGCCAAAGGUCAUCAUGCAUGGCACAUGCCUUAGCAGCCAGCAUGGAAUAAUGAUAGAAAAUCAAAGAGAAAAAAAAAAAAGGCUAUAUAAAGGACCUUUUAACAUUAUUUCUUUA